UUAAUACAGUCGCCUGUGUGUUUUUUCCCGGUGCACAUUCGGCUAUGCAGCUGACUGCACUGGGUGCAUUAAUAACGGGCUGGACGAUGCUGUGCAAUGUUCGAUGGAAACAACUCGUUUACAGCCAUUUUGGCUUUUUGCUGUUUUUAGUGGGCCUCCAGCAAGCUGAGGGUUCCGCGACGGAAAUGGCAAACCUGAACUGGAAACCGUUCGUCUACGGGGGGAUGGCCUCAAUCGUCGCCGAAUUUGGUACCUUCCCCAUUGAUUUGACGAAGACACGGUUGCAGGUCCAAGGCCAGUCCCAGUGCAUGGAGGUCCGCUACAGGGGCAUGUUCCAUGCCUUGCUCAGGAUUGGACAGGAAGAGGGCAUCCGAGCGCUGUACUCUGGGAUUUCACCUGCACUCCUAAGGCAAGCUUCAUAUGGGACAAUAAAGAUUGGCACGUACAAUACCCUGAAGAAAUUGUUUGUGAGCCGUCCUGAAGAUGAGACCAUGGUAAUCAAUGUGUUCUGUGGUGUGGUGUCUGGAGUUUUGUCCUCUACUUUAGCUAACCCCACAGAUGUGCUAAAGAUUCGUAUGCAGGCUCAGGGGAGUCUGCUACAGGGCAGCAUGAUGGCCAACUUCAUUAAUAUCUACCAGACAGAGGGCACCAGAGGAUUGUGGAGGGGUGUCAUUCCCACAGCACAGCGGGCAGCCAUUGUGGUUGGUGUAGAGCUGCCUGUGUAUGAUAUCACUAAGAAGCACUUGAUUCGUUCCGGCCUUAUGGGAGACACUGUUUUGACUCAUUUCAUUUCCAGUUUUGCUUGUGGCCUGGCGGGGGCACUAGCCUCUAAUCCUGUAGAUGUGGUUAGGACUCGGAUGAUGAACCAGCGUGUGCUGUCUGGGAACUUCCUGUACAAAGGCACACUGGAUGGACUCAUGCAGACUUGGAGAAACGAAGGCUUCUUCGCCCUCUACAAGGGAUUUUGGCCCAACUGGCUGCGCUUGGGACCCUGGAACAUCAUUUUCUUCAUCACCUUUGAGCAGCUGAAGAAGCUUCCAUUAUAGCUGAACCAGUGACACUCCACAGGCUAAAAGUGUGUGUGUGUGUGUGGAGAGGCAAGGGAACACACUGCACCUCUCCUGCCUUUGUCCUUCCGUGAGCGUUCACAAUCCCUCCUCUGUCACUCCCUUUAUGUGCAUGUUUAUUUAAGUGUUCUUCUUUUUAGAUUGAUAUAUAUUUUUCUUUUUUUCCCGAUAAAACCUUUUUUUUAAUGAGCCCCUUUUGCACCCAAGCCUUGUUUUUGGUUUCUUUGUUUUGUUUUUUUUUUCCUCUCCUGGCAGCUAAACAAACCUUGUCUUAGCAUUGGAAAUGCUAUGUCAGCUAGUAACCACAUUUGAACUAAUUUCAAGAGAAAAAUCUGAAAACGGGAGACUUAUAGUCUCAGAGUGGUUUCAUACUAGCUACUUGACCUAACUUUACUGAGUUUUCUCAGGAAGUCCCUCAGUUUCAUUGUUGGGGAAUAACUAGCAAUGGUUGCUUCCAUUUGGCCAACAGAACAUUGCUAGUGUCUAGGUGAAUACCAGAGACAUGUGAAAUGCUUUUAAGGCAAUUAUUUAGUCUUUGUAUAAAUGAACAGUGUAUCCUGCCCAGAUCAGUUUGCCUGAGCACUUUCAUGUGGCCUGUAGAUUCUAAAUAUCACUCAAAUCUGUAUAUGACCCUGUUACAAGCAUUACUGUAGGCAAGAGUGUCCUGAAGCUGGUCCAGAUUGGCUGAUGUUUCAAAACCCUUUUUUUGCUUGAGUGAAAUGCAAAAUGCGUCUGUCUUGCAGGCACUCUCUCAUACUUAAACAUCGCAUCUUGUGUUUUGUGUAGUGGCCUCAGUAAAACUUUGCUUGAGUCACCAGGACCCUGCAUGUUUCUCUAGAAGAUGCAGGGUCCUGGUGGUCUUCAGUACGUUCAUGCCUGCACCACUGUGUGCAAAUGUAUGGCUGUUUUGUAUACGGGCAAGAACAUAUGAAUGAGUAGAAUAUUUUGAUAGAAGUGAUAAACUGUAUAUAAUUCUGUUGCACAUUAGAAUGUUUGAGCUUUUCUUUUAGAGUUUUUUCUUUCUUUCUUUCUUUCUUUUUUUAAAUUAAACAACUCCAUGAAAGAUGUAUGUAGCGUUGGAGCACUGGGCUCAUUGCCAAAGUGUACUGUACAGAACUGCACUGUUGUGAAUGAGCUUUCAAAUUAUCUUUAGGACGGUACUGUUACAUAUUGUACACUCUCUGGUCAUAAUGAUUUCAUGGUCAGUCCUUUGCACUUGAUUUGAAUCCUGCUUUUAAUAUGCCUUCACAUUCUGCAUAUGCCUCUUGGCUACUGGUUACCACAUGUGAAAGGAGCUACAUUUAAGACUGAACCAGCAAUAUCUAUUUUGCUUCCUGACUCUGUUAUUGUAGAGAUUAUAAGCAAAACUGCUUUAUUGCACCUGGAACAUUGUUGUUCGGUACAUGUAUCUCAUGUAUUGAUCUUGGUGGCUUUUGAAAUUGGCUUUUGAAAAGUCAAUUUGGAAAGAGUUUGGUGAGCCACAGUGCCGGUAUAAAAGCUAUUUUUAAUAUUUAUAAUUAAUUCUGAAAAUGUUUUAAUGCUCAUUCAGUGAAAUAUAGGCAUUUAAAUCACACUGUAGCUCCUCUCAAGAGUAACAGCCAACUUUUCAUGCUACUUUGUCACGUUGAUAAGAGCUAAGAUUUGUCAUGUCUUGUGUUUUCUUUGGAUUUGCCUCAGUUUGUUAAGGUUAAAUGAUCUUUGAAUGCCUGGAUUAUUUCACAGUUUUUCUUUUUUGUACUCUUGCCUCUACUGUCUCCUCUCCUCUGGCUACUUCUUCCUCUUCCUACGCACGAUGCAUGCUGUUUUCUUUCACACUUUUCUGCCAUUGUAAAAUGCCUAUUUCCAUGUGCUGCCAAGACCAAGAAACAGAUACACCCAUGUGCCAUUUCACACUUUUCUCUCGUAGAUUUCCAACAGCAUUACUUUGUAUUAUUUUUCCCUUUUAUUGUCCUCUCAUUUGUUCCAUUUUUGAGUUCCUGAUUAAGGAAUUUUCAUGGCCUUAGCUAGCAUAUAGUAUCUUUUUCAUUGUUUUGCAGAACCAAAGGACUUAUUUAUUGUAUGUUAAAUUUAAGGUGAUGUAUGUGAUUGCAUACAUUUCAUUGCUAAUGUAUAAACUGAUUUGGUGUGUGACUAUAGGGUUUUGGGUUGUAUAAAAGAAAGACACCUCUGCGCGGUCUCUACCUCUUACAUGGCUGUAGAUCUUUGAAAAAGACUCGAGUGGAUUAUUGAAAUUAUAUUUACAUAUUGGCUUUAUAUAUUUUAAAUUCUACUUUGGUGGAUAAAUUCUUUCGGCAUAUGGAGGACAAGAAUGCAAAGGGGAUCUUGAAUGAAAAUGGCGCUGUGGAAUCUGCAUGGAGAACGUGGAUUUAAGUUGACAGAAUCUAAAUUUGUAUCAAUCAUAUAUUGACUUUAGCCUCCAACAUGGUUUCCAUGCCUUCCUUCAUCAUCAUCGAUGCACUUUCCAUACGCUUCGACUUCUGUCAUAACUAUUUGCUGGAUUACUGCUCUGCUCACUCUCAGUCAACUGACUUGCCAAGUUGUCUCACCUUUGAUAGUUCUCAGCUAUGAUGGUGAACUUGCAAUCAUAAUAUAAUAAUUUGUUGCUUGAUGAUGAACAGUAUGAAACUUGACUAUAUUCUGUGGCUGGUUUUGCUUUGUAUGACAUCAACGUGCACCUGAUAAUAAAACAAGUUUCCUGAUGGUUGGUUACUUUGAUUCGGAACACAUUUUUCACAUGUUAACAAUUAUACUGCACUGACAAAAGGUUCAUUAACCAUCUAAGACCAUCUGCUGUUUGUGACUUCCCUUUUAUUGAGCUCUCAUGUUCUUCACUUAGGGAGCCAUAUAUCCCCCGUCCCCCCUUGUGGUUCACUUUUACAUGAAAUUUUUCCAAUUUCACAUAAUGCCUUACAAUUAAAUAGGCUGUUUCUUGAAACUGAGCUAAAUUUGUUUCUGCUUCAAGCUUGCAUGCUUGGAUUUGCUCUAAUUUCAUGGCCAAGCAGCUGCAUACAAGCCUGAGAUCACUUUAUGCAAUACUGAGCAUUGGCUGGAAGGGUGUGAAAUGGCGUCAUUGAACUCCUGAGCAGUGGAAAUGUGUUGGCCAUUUUACCGCCCAUGGUUUUGGAAGGAGAUGUCCAAGUUUAUGUAGAUGUGAUAGUCAGGUGUCCACAUACUUUUGGUACACCAUAUAGUGUAAAUUUCUCCUGAAAAACUUCAAUUUGAUUGGAUUAAACAGAACGAUUCUGAAA